AAUUUUGCUUUUCCUAAGACGUCAAUGUAAAAAAAUACAAUUUCAUUCUAACUUUCUGGCUGCUACCAGCUAAUCAAAAUUCUUCUAAAUUAAAUCUUUUUUAUUGCAUAAAUAUUUCUUUUUAAUAAAAAUCGUUGGAACAACAUGAGUAGGAGACCGUUGGGCCCUGGUCCAGGUGCUUAUAUGCUGCCCUCCAGCUUUGGUUACUAUAAUAAGGAACAAACUGGUCAACGUUCGCCUGGCUUCUCAUUCGGUUUACGUGGUCCCGAGGAUAUCAAGAAAGCUGGACCAGGACCGGGCGCUUACAGAACGGACGCAUUAACACGCUAUGGAAAGAGUCGAUAUUUGAAUUAUUCAUAAACGAAUUACAUGUUGAUUUACCGUAAACGUUUGAAUGACUACAUUGAUGCUCGAAGCACGGAUUUCUACCACAAAAAAAAAAAACAAACAAAAAAACUAAAAAUUUGUAACAUCUUUUUUAAUAAAUAAAAAUGCCGUAAUUUGCUAAAAA